AUGAAACAGGGAGCAGUUUGGAACUCAGCAUGGUAUGCCCCACCUAAUGGUGGAUGGAAUCUUAUGAAACAGUGUAGUACAGACAACGACUGUUCACCUCAGUCAAAUGUAUUCUGCCUGGAUAAUGUCUGCAUUCAGCUUGGACAAUAUUGUAACGAUAAUAGCGAUUGCCCGUUCCCAUCACUUACGCUUUGUGGAGAAUCACGAUGUACCAAAUCCGGAGCAGUGUUGAAUAUUGGAACGGUCCCAAGUGUCGUGGGUUUGACAGGAAUCACAAUGUGUAGCACGGACAGUGACUGUCCCACGCAAUCAAAUAUGUUUUGUCUUGAAAAUGUCUGUGUUCAACUUGGACAGCAGUGUUCCACAAGGUCCCAGUGUCCUUUCCCAUCCUUCACAACUUGCAUGGGAUCACGAUGCACAAAGGCUAUGUCGAUGUCAUCGAAUCCAUACUCCCAGACGGGCGGAAGUGGGGGAAAUCAACUGACUUGGUGUACGAAUGACUAUGACUGUUCCGUCUCUUCGCAAAUAUAUUGCCUCGAAAAUGUCUGCGUUCAACUCGGACAGCAUUGUAGCGCAACCUCUCAGUGUCCUUUCCCAACCCUUACCUCGUGCACCGGAUCACAAUGCACAAAAGCCACGACAUCAUCGAAUUCAUAUCCCCAGUCGAGAAGUGGAGGAUAUCAGCAUAUGUGUAAGAAUGACUUUGACUGUUCCAUCCCUUCGCAGAUAUAUUGCCUUGAAAAUGUCUGCGUUCAACUUGGACAGCAGUGUAGCACAAACUCUCAGUGCCCUUUCCCUACCCUUACCUCGUGCACCGGAUCACAUUGCACAAAGGCUGCACAAGGCACGCCAUCACGUAUCACAUAUUAUGCGGGAGGAAGUGGUUCUCCGACGGGAGGAAGUGGUUCCCUGACGGCAGGAAGUGGAGAGAGACCACCGAAAACGUGCUCGCAUGACUAUCAGUGUUCCGUCACUUCGAAUAUAUUUUGCAUUGAAGGUGUCUGCAUUCAACUUGGACAACAGUGUAGCCAAAAUACUGAUUGCCCAUUUCCAACUUUCACCGUUUGUGUUCUGUUCAAGUGCAUCAAAGCAGUAACGGCUAAAGGUACGUGUUUUCAUGAUGCUAGCACGUAA